AUGGCUUUUGCUCUGUUAGCUGUUUUUCUGUUAUUUUUAAUUGUAAACUCUAAAGGUCAACAAUUUGUGGCUUCUCCUCAACAACAACCUCCUCAAUUUGUAGCCGAUCCUGCUAGUAAUCAAGACCCUCCUUACGGCCAAUUUGUAGCUGACCCUUCUAGCAACCAAGAUCCUCCUUAUGGCCAAUUUGUAGCUGACCCUUCUACUGGCCAACAACAACCUUCUAUGAGAGACACACAAGAUCAACAACAGCAACCAGAAGUACAACAACCAGCAUAUAACGGGUGGGAUACAGCAAUGCAGCAACAGGUGAAUGAAUUUUCCAAAGAAAAACUCUGAAUGAACAAAUCCGAACAAAAAUCUGAACUUAUGGA